AUUUUAUUUCUUUUUUUUAUAUAUAUACAUACAUAUAUUAUUAUAUUAUAUCAAACUCUAAGAGAAUUAGAAGAUAUAAUAAUUUGAUAUUCAUUAUUUUUUAUUGCGUUAUAUAUUAAAAUAAACGAAUAAUAUAAUAUCUGAUAUUUUAUAAAUUAUACAUAUCAUGGUUUAUACUAUUAGAACAACAUCUCAGUUCCAUCAGGCUGGAAUGGCAUAUACCUUUUUCUUUUGGGGUCUCUUUACAAUAUACUGUAUUGGUUACCAGUUAAAUAGACUCCGUAUUUACUAUGUUAGAAAGAGUCGAAUUAACGGUAAAGAAGAUAAUGUCGUUAAAGAUCUGCCGCUAUCAAAAUACUGGAAGAGUCUCGACUAUAUGGUCCGCAUCCCCUGGGUUACUAAUCUAAUGGCCAUUAAACAUGUUCUGGGUAUAACUUUGUUUAUUAUCAUCAACUUGAUCUUUCUUUUCUUUGCUCCAUUUACAUUUAAUAAAGCUUAUGAAAUUCCUCCUAUUGGUUUAUUUGAUCGUCGCGCUGCUUUUAUUGGUAUGGCUAACUGGGGUUUUGUUUUCUUUUUGGCUCAACGUAACUCACUCCUACCUAAAAUCUCUGGUUUAACUUUUGAAGAAUUAAUUCCUUUUCAUCGUAUUAUAUCCCGUAUUGGUUUAGCCGAGUACUUUCCUCAUUUUAUUUGGCGUAUGAUUGUAGGUUAUAGAAGAAGAUGGGUAGUAAAAGAUGCACUCUUCAGAAAUGAAGAGUACACCACUGGAUCUAUUGCUAUGUUUGCUUUCCUUCUAAUAUUUAUCACUUCCAUUGAAUGGGUCCGUCGCAGAUAUUUCGAAAUAUUUUACUGGUCCCAUGUUAUCUUUUUGAUAGUAGCAGUUAUUUUCUCUUGCUGGCACGAACAUACCUGUUUUGCUUACUUUAUUCCUUGUAUUAUUCUUUGGUUUGCUGAUCGUGUGAUUCGUACUUGGCAAUCUUGGUUCAUGAAGACCAGUCAUGUCCGUGUCGAAGAAGUAGUUCCACAAACUAAUUCUCAAGAGGGUGUCGUUCGUGUCUUCUUUGAACACAAGGCAAUGCGCUACUUUAGACCUGGUCAAUACGUUUUCGCUGCCUUUAUUUUAAAUGGUAAAAAGCUUUGGGAAUGGGGCAACUGGCACCCAUUUACGAUCUCUGAAUACUUUCGUCUCUCUGGGAAUGAUCAAGCAAGUGAAGAAGGUAUUGAAGAACGUAUCGUGGGUCAUUCUUUAAAUAAUACAGACAAAGGAAGCAAGAUCGAACCUUCCUUCGUUCAUAGUGAACACAAAAAGCAUGAUAUCUCAAAGGGUUCUAUUCAUAGUUUAACAGAUGUACCGAUCACUUCAGACUUGUCUAAUUUACGUCGUCGUGCGAAUAACAAUCUCUUCUCUUCCGGAGGUGAUAGUCAUGUCAUCGGUACCUUCCAUAUUAAAGCACUUGGGCAAAAGACAAAGGAUCUCUUGAAUGCUGCCUCCUCCUCCUCCUCCUCUGAUAAUAAGAAUCUUAAAGUCUAUAUCGAUGGUCCCUUUGGCCCACAACUUCAAUAUCAAGAUUAUCCUGUCGUGGCUCUCUUUGCUACUGGUGUCGGUAUCACACCCGCCUUGUGUAUGAUCAAGGAUAUUGUUGAACGAAGAAAUCGUGGUAUACGUACAAUUGCUACUGACCAUAUCUAUUUAACUUGGUCCCUUCGUGUUACUGAUGAAAUUCACAGUUAUAUGGAUAUGUUCCAUUACUGGGUUGAAAAAUGUAAGACUUCAAUUUCUCCUAUCCACCUUACGGUGAAUGUCUUUGCGACACGUAUGAAAGAAGGACCCAAUAUCUUUGAAGGUUUAGAAGGCUUCAGAAUUACUUAUGGUCAACGUCCUGAUAUUGCUGUUGAGAUGGAUAAAAUCAAGACUGUGAAUGCUCAUCGACGUGUCUUUGCCCACGCCUGUGGUUCUGAUAUCUUUACUCAAAGCGUCGUCAACCAAGCUAUUAUUCAUAACUUUGAUGCUUUCCAUGAAACCUUUGAAUUCUAAUCAUUCUUUAUUAUUAUUAUUAUUAUUAUUUAUUGUUGUAUUAUAACAUAUAAUCAGUUUUAUCUUCCUCCCUCCCUCCCUUUUUCUUCUUUAUUUAUAUUAUUUAUCUAUUAGACAUUCUGUAUGUAGUUAUGGCAUACCAUAAUAAUUAUCUUAUACUAUCCCUUGU